AUGCAGUCAGAUUUAGGGCACAAUCAAAUCACUUGGAAGAAACACGGGAGAAGAAACACCAAUAAGAGAUUUAAGAAUCACAUGAUGAAAGAACUUAUUGGAGAGGAUUCAUACCUUGUGAAUGCCGCUGGUGCCGGCGUCGACCGGAGAGGCAGCCAAAAGUGUGAACAGCGACGUCUUGGGCAACGAGGGCAACGAUGGCUGUUGCGGGCGUCRACCGGAGAGGCACUCAGAGGAGAUAGUCGAGACGAUAGACUAGGGCAACGAUGGCUGGUGUCCGCGUCGACCGGAGAGGGCAACGAUGGCUGCCCUAACCCUGUUAAAGGUCAAAACUUACAUUUUGACGAAACCCUAGAGUCUGGUGGUUCCUAUCUUCUUUCAUCAGGCAGACCGGUUCUUCGGAGAUCUGCAGCCAUGGUUAAUGUUCCCAAGACUAAGAAGACUUACUGCAAGUCCAAGGACUGCCGAAAGCACACCUUGCACAAGGUGACACAGUACAAGAAGGGAAAGGAUAGCUUGGCUGCCCAAGGGAAGCGUCGUUAUGACAGGAAACAGUCAGGUUAUGGUGGACAAACCAAGCCCGUCUUUCACAAGAAGGCGAAAACCACGAAGAAGAUUGUGCUAAGGUUGCAAUGCCAAGGGUGCAAGCAUGUGUCUCAGCACCCAAUUAAGAGGUGCAAGCAUUUUGAGAUUGGUGGAGACAAGAAGGGCAAGGGAACUUCACUUUUCUAAGCUGUUUUAUUUUAUUAUAAAAUAGAUGUUACAUUUUAUUUUUUAUGUAUUUGGUUGUCACUUUGGGACCUUUGAGAUUGGUUAUAAUUGAAAUCUGUCUGUGCUGCUGCACAAAUGGACUGGACUUUAACCAAAAUUGAAAAGUUUUACU